UCAGAGCACAGCAUUUUGGGAUCAGACCAGGAUCAGGACCACAGAAGCCCACUCUGGACCAGAGAGACCCCAUCAUCGGACCCACUCAGGACAACAGAGACCCCAUCACCAGACCCACUCAGGACAUCCUGCAACCAUGCUGACGGCGUGUCUCGAGUCCUUCGGCCUGGCGCUCAGCGUCGUGGGCUCCCUGCUCGUGAUGGUGGCGUGCGGGCUGCCCAUGUGGAAAGUGACGGCGUUCAUCGAGUCCAACAUCGUGGUGGCACAGACCAUGUGGGACGGCCUGUGGAUGUCGUGCGUGGUGCAGAGCACGGGCCAGAUGCAGUGCAAGGUGCACGACUCGGUGCUGGCGCUCACGCAGGACCUGCAGACGGCGCGGGCGCUCACCGUGGUGUCGGCCGUGCUGGGCAUCGUGGCCAUGGCCGUGACCGUGGCGGGGGCGCAGUGCACUAACUGCCUCCGGGAGGAGGCGGUGAAGGCGCGGGUGGUGCGCGCCGGCGGGGUGCUCUACAUCCUGAGCGCGCUCUUCGUGCUGGUGCCGCUGUGCUGGAUGGCCAACAACAUCAUCGUGGACUUCCACGACCCGCAGGUCCCCGCUGCCAAGAAGCGCGAGAUCGGCGCGGCCAUCUACGUGGGCUGGGCGGCCGCGGCGCUGCUGCUGAUCGGGGGGUCGAUGCUGUGCUGCUCCUUCACCCAGCUGCUGCAGGGCGGAUACACCAUCAAGUACGCGCCCACCAAGAGCAUCACGACUGCUGCGGACUUCGACAAGAAACACUACGUGUGAGGCGGGGGAAGGGAGGGGAGCCCACGGUGCAGUUUAAAGACUAUUAGAGAAAUGUAAAAUAACCUGUUGGAGGAACCAGGUGGAGUUUCAGCAGUGGCGUCAAUUCAGUCAAAGCUAAGGUAUGGCAAGGUUACGAGUCACAGAACCAGAGGUGGGUAGAGUAGCCAAAAAUUGUACUCAAGUAAAAGUACUGUUACUGCAGAAUAAUAUGACUCAAGUAGAAGUAAAAACUAGUCAUCCAAAUAAUUACUUGAGUAAAAGUAAAAAAGUACUUGGUGAAAAAACUACUCAAGUACUCAGUAACUGUUGAGUAACGUCUGAUUUAUUUUUUUAACACAACCAUUCAAACAGACAAAAGUACAAAAUAAUCAUCUUCAGGCAAAUUAAAUCAAUAAAAUAAUAAAAUAAACUAAAAUUAAUAAAAAAAAACUUAAAUUAAAAUAAGUAAAAUAAAUAAUUCAGAUUUUCUAACUGUAUAAAGUUGCACAUUGAGCAGAAAAACAUCAAAUUGUGACCUUAAAAAAUAUCUAAUUCAAUGAGUUUACAAAAUAUAACUAUCCUCCCAAGUUUCUUUCAUUUGAAGAAUAAAAUAAAAACACUUAAAGACUCAGAUUUUAAAGGCUUGAAACUUUUUAUGAAUCAGCAAAAUGAAAAAAAAGAGGGAUCAAUUUCAUAAGCUCACAGUUUUCAAUAAAGAAUAAGAAGAAAAAUAACUUGGAAAAAAAUAAAACCCACAAAUUCAAACUGUAAAUCUGAUCGAACAUAAAAGAUUAAAUUCAGAAAAGGCUUCUUUCGCUGGCAGAUACAGAGUCAGCCUCCUCCGCUCACUGAGCUCUCAGGACUUAAACUUCUAUGUUUAGGAGGCUGCAGAUGAAGACGCCCCGUUUUAUGUGUCCUCCACUGGAAGUCCAGGUCCACCUGGUAGCGUGGGGCUCCCGCUGGUCCAGAAGUCUCCUGGGCAGUUUGAAGCGCCUCAGGACGAGUUUUCUGUCCUCCACCUUUAGUCACCACAUGGUUGCUGUUGUUGUCCACAUUUCUUGUAAAUACUUGGACUGGUGGUUUGUAGAGCUUUGGUUCCCCCUCUGAGGUCUUUCCAGACCCAGGUGGACUCAUGAUCAAAGACUGUACAGAUUUCUACUUGCUGCCUUUUCUAAUAAACAAAAGAAUAAACAACAGUUUCACUGUCUGGU